AAAAAACAAAUAUUAUUGAAAAACAAAUAUUUUGACUCUUUUAUGCCAAAAAUAUAAAAAUUGGAUGGCAUUUGUUAUUCGGGUUACCCGACUGGAAUCGGAUUGUGGGAGAGCUGCUUAACAAUGGCGGAUUCACUUUUCUCCUUUCACUUAUCCGAACCCUAACCCUAAUCUUGAAAAAUUCAAUAUAGAAAUUGCAGUUUCACGAAAAUGGAAAGUCAGAUAACUCACCAUCUGUAUGAAAGACGUCCUAUAUAUAAGUCCAAAGCUCCUGCUACCAAGUGGUUCAAAGAAUGGGUCCCACAAGAUGUUGUAGCAACUGGUGGGAAGUGCUCCCUUUUAAAGUGGGUGAAUGAGGCCACGUUAAAAGGUCUUAAGGAGAAGCCAAAAGAGCCAGGAGUACCGGUGCCAGAACCAGAGCCAACUACUGAAGUUCUUUUCCUUUGUAGCUAUGAAGGUUGUGGAAAAACAUUUAUUGAUGCUGGGGCCUUGAGGAAGCACUCUCACAUCCAUGGGGAGAGGCAGUAUGUAUGUCACUAUGAGGGUUGUGGAAAGAAAUUUUUGGAUAGUUCCAAGCUAAAACGACACUUUCUUAUUCACACUGGAGAAAGAGACUAUGUAUGUCCACAUGAAGGCUGUGGUAAG